ACUGUCGAAGUAGUAUAUUCUGGUAUGGAGCGUAAGUUAGAAGUGUCAGUUGCAUCCGUGUGAUGGCCGCGACGUCUCUGGUGCUACAGUAAUGUGCUAAUUACCAAAGGAAGGCGACGGUUUGCCUUUUGUUCAGGCGAAUUCCUGAAGUGCGUUGAUGGCCCUAAUCCUAUCGGUUUCACGUGCAAGGAACCGCCGGUUUAGGUCGUAAGUGGUUCCGGACCGCGACAUCCCUGAGCCUCCUUGCGAGGCGUGUGUAAGAAAAAAAAACACACCAGGCACUCAAUUGUCAGCGACUGCUUGCGAAACUGGUAACGUCGCCCUCUCUCUUUUCGCGACGGCGAUGGCACUCAGCGUGACAGUUGCGGGGAGAGAAGUGACGGGACUAUCACAGGCAAAGCCACGGGCGAACGUCGCCGCGGCUAACAUUGUCGCUGACGGCCGCUCUUAGCAUCCGCCGGUAAUUCCUUGGUUAGCUGCCGGUCAGUUGCCGGCUAGGCGUCAGCCAUGCCUCGCAUCUCGCAGCUGCCGUUGCUCCGCAGCAGCAGCAAGGAGGAGCGCGCGCUAGCUCUCGCGGAAUGCGCCCACCCCCCCGCGAUCCCCCCGUGUUCUUCCGUCGGCCCCGCGCCAGCCCGCCCGCUCUCCCUCCUCGAGCGGAAGACUUCGCUCCCCUCGUUCCUCUCGCGCAAGUCCCCCCCGGGCCAGCCGCGCAACACCCCCGCGGAGCAGCGCAAGUCGCCGCCGGUGGAGCAGAAGCUCCGCGAGGGUCCUCCGCCGCUGCGCCCCAAGUCCCCGCACCACCUGGAGUGGGUGCGCCAACUCUCGCUCUGGCAAGGCGCGCAGGCGCAGCAGGGGGACGCGCAAACGCAGGCGCAACAGGCGGAGGUGCCGCGGAACGGUCAAGUGAAGGCGGGACACGGGAAGGUACGCGGAGGAGCGCAAGGAUCGGCGCAGGGGGUGCGGAAAGGGGAUGCGCGGAAGGGGCAGGUAUUUCGGCGGAAGCAGCAAGCGCAACAGAAAGCGAGCGCCAACGCGGGUUCUGAAGAUGCCCCCGAGCCGCCGAUUAAAAACGUGUGGGAGGCCGCGGAAGCGGGAAAACUAGCUAAUUGGGUGGAUGAAGCGGACGGUGGCGAUGGAGCGGGGACAGAAAGGGACGGCGGCGAUCCGUUGCUGGAGAAUGUGAUUGGCGCUGGGACAACGAGGCUAUCACAACAGGCGCGUCAGUCUGCACCUACUGUCUCCGUUAGUGGCGUCUCCGUUAGUGACGUCUGCGUUAGUGGUGCUUCUGUUGCUAGCGCGGGGUCGACAACUGACUGUGACGUUACAGAUACCGCCGUUAGUCAGGCGCCCAAGAUUACUACGACAAACGGAUCUGCCACAAACGCGGCUGCCACAAACGGGGUCGCUGCCAGAGCGCGCGCCGGCGCCGCUGUUGCUUCUGUCUCCCCCACAGGCGCCGCAGCUACAGCCGCGGCGGCUGUAGCCAGGAGCUUUAGCGCGGCCGCCUCUGUCUCAGGUGACGCUGCUACAACCGCGGCGGCUGAAGCGAGGAGUUCUAGCAGCAGCGCGGCCGCGACGGUUGUAGCAAGGAGUCCCAACGCGCCGCGCUACAGCCGGUCAGGGGGCCACAGGCGGCGGUUCGCUCGGAAGUCCCAAACCUUGUCCGGACGAGUCGUUGUUUCCUUCCCGAGCCCACCCGACAGCUUCGGCAGCACGUUCGGCAGCACCGUCUUCCGAACCGAGUCUUUUGGCGGCGAUUGCAACAGUCAGGGGGGGGGAACAAGAGAGAGAGGAAGAGAGAGGAAUCGGCACAGAAUCUCAAAAUCUCAAAAUCCCUCAGAUGCUGACGUGGCUGCUGACGUGGCUGCAGCAACAGGAGCUGACCUGUCACCAUCAGACGCGGUAGCAGCAGGGAUAGUCGCAUCGGCGUUUUUCACGCGCAAAUCUCACACCAUGCGCAAUCGCAUGGUGCCCCUAACCCCCACGGCGGUUACCACCCCCAGAGCCCCAGGCACUGCUGCUGCUGUGGCCACCCCCGGGCGGAAAGGGGGCAGGGGGACGGGGAGGAGGGGGGGGCGCCCGCCUACUCCCUCUGUAGGGGCUGCUGUGGUCAGUCCGGGGGGAGGGGGAGGGGGAGGGGGAGGGGGAGGGGGAGGCGGGGGGUCUAGUCCAAGGGGAAGGGGAGGGGGAGGGGCGAGUCCGGGGACAGGGGGAGUUGGUGGGGUGGGGAAGGAGGGGGAGCGCAGGUGCUAUCUCUCGAGGUGACUCACCAUCCGCCACAGGUGUUAUCUAUUGACAGGCCUGUCCCGAGGGCGCAGGUGCUAUCUGGGGGGGAAUCCACGAGAAGGGUGCAGGUGUUAUCUAUUGACCGGCCGGUCCCAAACGCGCAGGUGCUAUCUCUAGAAGUGCCCUCCCCAGGGCUUAGCUGUGGCAUGAGCUGGGAUCGGAUAGAGUUUGGGGAGGAGGGGUUUUCUGAGGCGGGGACUCAGCAGACCUUGAGUUGGGAUCGGAUAG